AUGGUGUUCGCCUUCCUUCUCCCACUUGGUUCGGGAUACGGUCUGCAGUCUACUCCCGACUUUGUUAUUGUGGACCCGUCACCCACCGCCCAGCGCGUCAUCACGGGUGAGGCCACCGUGGGAAUCUUCGAUAGACGACAACAACAGCGGGCAACAUGGCGGAUACGAGCGUCGCAAUGGCGCGCCUCGGGCGGGAGUUUCAUGACUAUUCACGCCCGGUUACAGCUCGAGAUCCUCGAUGCGCGGGAAGAGAUCGCACGCUUGAAGGCCGAGCUCCGCGCCGACCAGGACCCGGAACGGAUGGGACACAUCCAGCGUCAGAUCGGUAGGAGAGACGACAUGCUGACACCCGCCGCAGCACUUAAUGACGCAGAUCAACGCGAUUCGGGAGAAGGCGGCCGAGGCCGAGGCGAUCGUCAAGGCGAUCACGAGCGAUAUCCAGCGUUUAGACGUCGCAAAGCGGAAUCUGACAAGGACAAUGCAGACGCUCGAGCGGUGGAGCAUGCUGAAAACGGCGCAGGCGCAUCUGCACUCGCUCCUCCCGACAACGCGAUAUGCCGAGAUGGCACAGGCGCUGGCAGCAGUGACGCAGCUGCUGGAGCCGCUGCGACCACUCGCGACGAUUGGCGAGGUCGCGGCCGUGUUCAAGGCGGCCGAGACGGACCGGAAGGCGCUGCAGGAGAAGGUGAACAGCGAGAUGGAGGUGUUGUAAGUUUCCUCGCUCUCUGCCCAACUGACCUCAGCUUCGCAAACGACCCGAGCAAGCCGCCAGACCGCGCGAUCGUCGGCCCAGCGUGCCAGGUGAUCGAGGUGCUCGGCGGCGACUACAGGAAACACAUUAUCGAGCGGUACAUCCAGCUGCAGCUGCAGGACUACCGGCGUAUCUUCCGGAGUACGGACGAGGCAGGGCAGCUCGACAACGUGCCGCGGCGAUAUGCCUGGUUCCGGCGCGUGCUCAAGUCGCACGACGAGGAGUCCGGCUCCCUCUUCCCCGACAGCUGGGAGGUAUCGCGCCUCCUCGUCGCCAGUUUCGCGGACAGCACGCGGGCCGAUCUGACGAAUGUGCUGCUCAAGACGCCGCCAUCCGUCACGGUGCUCCUCGACGCACUCCAGGCCACGCUCGACUUUGAAGCGACGUAUGCGCGCCGCUUCGGCUGCUCCUUUGAGGACAUCACGGACCGGCUUGAUGCGCUGAACGCGCCCCAGCAGCGCUUCACGAUCAGCAGUGCGUUCGACGCGCACUUUGGCAUCUUUGUGGAUGCGCAGGACAAGGCUAUCGCCGACACGCUGGGACCGCACCGGGGAAUGCGCAGCCGUGCCUCCUUUGAGGGAGUCAGCAACGACGACGAGGGCGCGACGGCGCUCGUCCUCCCGAGCUCCAUGGAACUGUUCCACGUGUACCGCGCCGCACUCGACAAGUGCAGUCAGUACACGACGGGCGAGCCGCUGCAGCGCCUCGCGCGCGUGUUCGCAAAGUGGCUCAAGGUGUAUAGCGACGACGUACUGCUCGCGAGCAUGAAGAAGCCGGCGCCUGCCGACUUCCUCGCCCGCCGCUCCGUCGAGGGCCGCUCCGACCUCGCCGAGGUGCGCAACGCGUGCAUGGUGCUGAACACGGCCGAGUACUGCCUCAACACUUCCGUGCAGUUAGAGGACCUGGUCAAGGAGAAGAUCAAGCCCGAGCUGGCAGACAGCAUCUCGUUCCAAGACGAGCGGGACGGGUUCAACGGCGCGAUCGCGCAGUGCCUCUCGCUCAUCAUGAAGGAGCUGGAGAACGCCGUCGAGCCCAGCUUUGCGGCCAUGCUGCGCACGCCGUGGAAGGACCUCGAGAACGUCUCGGGCCGCUCGGCGUACAUCGUCGACCUGGUGGGGAGCGUGAAGGAGAUCGCGGCCGUAGUGGGCACACGCACAGCGAGCCCCAAGUACGUGCGCAACUUUAGCGACAAGUGCGUCAACCUGAUCAUGGGCCGGUUCACGUCUGCGAUUGUGCGCUCGCGUCCGCUGAAGAAGAUUGGCGCCGAGCAGCUCCUCCUCGACAUCUCGGCCGUCAAGGGAUGCCUCCUCGAGCUCCCGCCGCUGGAACAGGGGGAGAAGUCUCAUCAGCACAAAAAGUACGUCGCCAAGGUCACCAAGGCGACGGGCGAGCUCGAGACCAUGCUCAAGGUCAUUCUUGCGCCUGAUGAGGUGCCAGAGGGCUUCGUCCAGAACUAUUGCUUGUUAAUCGGAGACCGGUCCUUCUCCAACUUCCAGAAGAUCCUCGACCUGAAGGGCACCCUCAAGGGCGAGCAGCUGCAGAAGCUCCUCGACAUCUUCCUCGCUGUCACUCGAACCAAGGACGACCUCGAGGACUCGAGCUUCCUGACGAAACUGGACAUGGACGAGAAGACCACGACAACUGUCGGCGGCGGCCUCUUCUCCAGCGGCAACACAACGCCGACCCUCGGCCUCGGGAGCAAGGCGCCGGAUCGCACCGAGACGCCCAAGGCGUUCGGCGACUUCCGCAAGUUCUUCAGGCGGGACACCCACUCAUAA